CUUCAUCUUGGCUUCUUUGCCGGCGUCACUUCCACAUUCAUAUCAACAACUAUGGCGAAAACCUACGAUUAUUUGUUUAAACUGCUGUUAAUCGGGGAUUCUGGGGUCGGCAAGACGUGCGUCCUCUUCAGGUUUUCGGAGGACGCCUUCAACUCCACGUUCAUAUCCACCAUAGGCAUAGAUUUCAAGAUCAGGACAAUAGAGCUCGAUGGGAAGAAGAUCAAGUUGCAGAUAUGGGAUACAGCCGGCCAGGAGCGCUUCCGUACAAUCACCACAGCCUACUACAGAGGCGCAAUGGGAAUCAUGCUGGUUUACGACAUCACAAAUGAGAAGUCCUUUGAUAAUAUCAAGAACUGGAUAAGGAACAUAGAGGAGCACGCGUCAUCUGAUGUCGAGAAGAUGGUUCUUGGCAAUAAAUGUGACAUCAACGACAAGCGACAGGUAUCUAAAGAGCGAGGGGAAAAGCUUGCUUUAGAGUACGGCAUCAAGUUCAUGGAGACCAGCGCCAAGGCUAACAUCAAUGUGGAGACUGCCUUUUUGACACUUGCGAGGGACAUCAAAUCCAAAAUGGACACAAAAAUGGAGGGGAACAUGCCGCAGGGGAGCAGCCAAGGAGUCAAGAUCUUGGAGCCCCGCAAAAAGACCAGCUUCUUUCACUGUAGCCUCCUCUGAGGACCCUUUUUUUUUUCCGAGGCCUUUUUUUUAGAACCCGCUCCAUCCAAAUAGAUCUGCGCUCACUCACCGUGAGCGCUUGCUCUCCUUUUUCCUUUCUCGCUCCCUCAUCCUUGUGGACUUCUGCCCUUCUAGUCUUCACAGUGGAGGACUCUCCUCCGAUUGUCCUCUUCUAAGCGCUUCCAGUGGUGCAUCUGCAGGAGAUUCUUUGUGGAUCAGAACAACCCGGGGAUUGCCCACGUCGCACGAACGCAGGCUUGUACUGAUGUUUGCUUCCUUGUUUGUCUGUCAUGCAUCACACGAUCCCGAGCACAGCCAUCGGAGGGUUACUCCUUUUGGGUUUUUGGGAGAGGAAUCAUACAAAUGUGAUGUGUUGAAUUCUUUUUUUUAGGAGAGCUUUGUUUUGCCAGAAACUGACAAGCUUAAACUGCCGAAAUGCACAUGUUUACUUUCAUGUUACAUUCACAUAGUGUUUAACGCACGGGCUAUCUCUCUGGCCUGUGCUCGACAAUCAUUUCACUUAAUCUAACAUGAAUUGAUCUAUCUAAAAAAACAAACAAAAAAAAACAGCCUCAUAGUUGCCGUUUACAUAAUCAUUUUUUAAGAUUUUUUUGUUUUUUAUUCGGUGUAAAGCUAAAUGACAUUUCUGGCAUCUCAUCCCCCCUCAGCUCUCCUGGCACUUUACACAGUAGCUCUUGUUUUGUGCAUCGAUUCCAACCUGCAAUACAUUUCCUCGGCGUCACUUUGGGAACCGUUUGGGAGAAAAUGUGGUUUUACUGCCAGUGACGCCAGUAUUUGACUGACAACCUCGCCCUUUGCAUUCAUGCCUCUGCAUUUGUAUUGUCUAUUUAUAAGAAGCUCUUUUUUAUAUGGUGUUAUUUGUACAGUAGAAUUUAUUUGGCUUUAUCCGCAACAACUGACUUAAAGGCGUUAGUACUGUUCACAAUCAGGCUUAGUAGUCAGUAUUUCAAGGAAGGUGCACACGUUUCAACAGGUCUGCCAAGCUUCCAUUAACAUCAAAGCCACCCUGUUUGUCCCUCACUCAAUCGUCCUACGCUAGGGGUCGGCAACCCAAAAUGUUGAAAUAGCCAUAUUGGACUAAAAAUACAAAAAAAUAUCUGUCUACCAUGAAUUUAUUAACCAAGAUCCCCACUUAAACAAGUUGAAAAACUUAUUGGGGUGUUACCAUUUAGUGGUCAAUUGUACGGAAUAUGUACUGUACUGUGCAAUCUACUAAUAAAAGUUUCAAUCAUUCAAUCAAUGGAGCAGCAAAACAUUAAAAGCCUUAUUACAUACGGAUAGUGUGUCAUGAGGUAUAAAUUGAAUUAUGAGGACUUAAAGGAAACUAAAUGAGCUCAAAUAUAGCUACAAAUGAGGCAUAAUGAUGUAAUAUGUACAUAUAGCUAGUUUAAAUAGCAUUUUAGAAUCAAAUAGCUUGUUGUCAUGCUGUGACCAAAUAUGUCUGAUUAGCACACUACACAUUAGUCAAUAACAUCAACACAACUGACGUUAUAAGUUUGGUGGACAAAAUGAGACAGAAAAAGAAGUGGCAUAAAACACGUCUUAGAAAGUCGGAGAAAGUUAUACAUGUAAACAAACUACGGUGAGUUCAAGGACCGCCAAAAUUAGUAGGACAAAACGGCGCUGGCUAAAUACUCAAUUCAGUGAAGCAUGUUUAAUAUAAACUGUGGGCUUUAUAGCAAUUAGGGAGAUUUGAGUCAUGUUUGUCCUCUACAGAAACCAUAUUAAAACAAAAAAUAUGUUUUUUUCCCCUCAUCAUUUCCAUGUUUCAUACAUUUUUGAAAAAGCUCCAAAGAGCCGCGGGUUGCCGACCCCUGUUCUACGCCAAUCUCUGCUUGUUUUUUUUUUUUUUGUCGUCUCAGUUUUUCUUUCCUGAACCAAGUCAUUUCGGACCUUGUGACCUCCAUUUGUCUUAAUUGCUUCGUUUGGUCCGGUAAGCUAUGCAUCGUGUACCUUGGACCUUUUUGUAUGUGCUUUUAUGAAUGUCCUCCUUUUGAGCCAAAAACAGGACCGUCCUCCUGUAUAGGAAAACAACUAUUUCAAUGCAAUCAAUCUAACAUUUUGGGUUAGUGAUGCACUUUCCUUCCCUUUCUUUGUAUCACUUUACAUCCCAUUGCUUUGCACAAAGCGAUUAGGUCAGCUGUUUUGGGCGCGUUCACAUUUGUCACAUUUGGUUCAGUUGAACGCAACUCUGGUACGUUUGUUCUACUAGUUCAUUUGUGCGAAUCUUGGUCCCCUUACAAGUAAUCUUGGUCCCCUUACAAGUAACCUUGGUCCCCUUACAAGUAACCUUGGUCCCCUUACAAGUAACCUUGGUCCCCUUACAAGUAACCUUGUUCCCCUUACAAGUAACCCUGGUCCCCUUACAAGUAACCUUGGUCCAGUUCACUUGAGCUGAAAUAUGAACACUGUUAGGAGAAAAAGUCUUCUCUUUGUGUGAGACAACAGCCCUCUUUAAAAGUAUGUUUUUGGUGAAAUUUAACAUACCGUAUUUUUCGGAUUGUAAGUCGCUCCGGAGUAUACGUCGCACCGGCCGAAAAUGCAUAAUAAAGAAGGAAAAAACAUAUAUAUGUCGCACUGGAGUAGGGCUGGGCGAUAUUGUCUUUUUUUAAAUAUCGCGAUAUUUUUAGGCCAUAUCGUGAUAUACGAUAUAUAUUACGAUAUUUUGCCUUGGCCUUGAAUGAACACUUGAUGCAUAUAAUCACAGCAGUACGAUGAUUCUAUGUGUCUACUAGGGGUGCACCGAAAUGAAAACUUGUGGCCGAAGCCGAAUAAAAUUUAAACGCUUGGCCGAAGUCCGAAUACCAAAUAAUGAAUGCAGUUUUUCACAAUUUUUCUAUAUUGCAUAAAUAGCCUAGAAUAAAUAUUUAGACAUGUUUUUCAAAUAAAGUAAUUUUUUUUAUUGAAUAUUGACAUUUUUUAAAUAAUCCAGUAGCCUUUGCUUUUCAAAAAAAGCACAAAGUUUUUCAUUUAUAUUAGGCCUUCAACAAAACAUGCAUUCCCCCCAAAAAUAAAGUGGAUAAACCCACAACAAAUGAAUUAUUGUCCUUUUGGCAAAAAUCUGCUUAGCCACAGUAGAUAUGCUAAUAAUGUAAACAGAAGGCUCAAGUAAAUCUCAAUUAAGUGUGUGCUUGUAACCUCAUACACUUAUACAGGUAGCCUACACAACAGGCUAAUAAUGUAAACAGAGGCCCCACUAAAUCUCAAUAAGUGUGUGCUUGUAACCUCAUACACUUAUACAGGUACACAACAUAUCCCAACGUCACCGCGUCACUGCACGUUGGUUGAUUGCGUCAAAAAAUUGCGUCACACGCCACUUUUUGGCCUUAUUUUUAACUCAUUCCACCGAAGGCCGAAUGUGGCUUUUUUUGCCAUAUUCGGCCGAAUAUAUUCGGUUACCGAUUAAUCGCUGCAUCCCUAGUGUCUACAUUAAAACAUUCUUCUUCAUACUGCAUUCAUAUAUGCUACUUUUAAACUUUCAUGCAGAGAGGGAAAUCACAACUAAGUCAAUUGACCAAAAGUGUAUUUAUUAAAGUUAUUAAGCAAUGGCACAAGCAUUCAAGUCAUUUCCAAAACAUAAAGUGCAAGAUUGUCGGAGACAUUUUAAGUGUCAAAUAAAAAUGAGCUGCAUAAUAGGAAAUCAAAUAGUAUUUGUCCUUCACUAUGUGGUAUGUUACUACGGUUAUGAAAUUCUCUUCAUUCUCUAGCGAGUGACUUUUCAAAUGAUGCUACAUAUUAGCAGUAAUGCUACUUUUCAUAACAACGCUUGUGCCCCACACUUGACAAAUUACGGUUGUCUGUUCGACAUAUUCCCACUUGAAGCCCAACCACCGCCCGACAAUGGAAACCCUGCAGUUUUUAUUGGGAAUUAAGUCUUCCUUCAUUUGUUACCAGAUCCGCACCUUCUUUCUCUCGUACGGCUACGUUAGCAGCUAACGUAGCCCAUUCUGCUACCUCUCUGCUCUGCGAGGGCGUAUACGUACGUGACGUAUGUAAAAAUGUGCGCCUGCUUGUCUGUGAGAAGGAAAGACAGGAAAUAGUGAGAAGAGCCUGAAGUUUUAUGCCCGCAGCUAAAAGCAACUGCGUGAGAACGUAUACCCGAAUAUUACGAUAUAGUCAUUUUCUAUAUCGCACAGAGACAAACCUGCGAUAUAUCGCCCAGCCCUACACUGGAGUAUAAGUCGCAUUUUUGGGGGAACUUUAUUUGAUAAAAUCCAACACCCAAGAAUAUACAUUUGAAAGGCAAUUUAGAAUAAAUAAAGAAUAGUGAACAACAGGCUGAAUAAGUGUACGUUAUAUGAGGCAUAAAUAACCAACUGAGAAGGUGCCUGCUAUGUUAACCUAACAUAUUAUGGUAAGAGUCAUUCAAAUAACUAUAACAUAUAGAACAUGCUAUACCUUUACCAAACAAUCUCUCACUCCUAAUCCAUAAAUCCCAUGAAAUCUUCCUAAACAACUCUGCCAACUCCAAAGGUAUGCGCCGCUUCCUCUUGUCGUUUUCUGCUGCAUAUUUCACUAGGUCCAGCUUGUAAUCUACAAGACAUGAUUUCCUUUUCGGUGCCAUUUUUGUUCAGUUUUAAUAAGUUACCGCCAACGAUGAAAUGAUCCAUUUUAAUAGCUACGGCAGUAGCAUAUAGCAGUUAGCAUCCCAUGACCCUCCCCCACCGAAUUCUUAUUGGUUGACAUGUGUGUGACGGUUGCUGACAUUUUCUUCGUCUCUUCCGCGAAUUAGAUAAAUAAUAUUAUUUGAUAUUUUACGGUAAUGUGUUAAUAAUUUCACACAUAAGUCGCUCCGGAGUAUAUGUCGCACCCCCGGCCAAAGUAGGAAAAAAACUGCGACUUAUAGUCCGAAAAAUACGGUAAUAUACCAGAAUAUAAAUAUAACCUAUAUAUUAAACCUAGCAGAGGACAUUUCGGUUCUACAAAAAAACGCCUAAUAAAAUCAAGACUAUGUAUAUGUUCCCUUGUGCAGCCUUUGGUUAUAAUACAAAAACACCUUUAUGUUUGAACACUGAAUGAACCAACGUGCUCGAGUAAUGUUUUUUAGUUUUUUGGUCCGUACCAGAGUACCAAACCCCAAAUGUGAACGCAGCCCCGUUGUUGUCCUGCAUAGACGCUCAUUAUUCCAGUGUUUUAUCAACCACAUUUGCAUCCUGCUCCAACAGACUUUAAAAAAAAAAAAAAAAAAACAGCACAUUUUUUUUAAAAUCUUACAUCCUGUAUUUUUACACUCAUUUCAUACAUUUGUGAAGUACAACAUAGUGAAUAUUGUAUAAUGAGAUCUACUUAUUGUACUGUACUUUUCUUAUCUAUCUGCAAUUUGUAGAGAAAUCUAUACUUUUUGUUUUGUUUUGAUGAAAUAAAAACCGAGCAAAGUAAGAAA